ACAGCGCUUCAAAAUGGCGGACAUGUAUGGAAAACUUCAUGUCGUUUGGGUCCUUUUCGAAUUUUCCUAACUUCGCCACGGGUUUGAAAACUACAAAAGCCACCAAUGCAGAGACAAGAUAUACAGGAAGUACACCUGAUCCACGCCGGGGAGGACCCGGACACCCUGCUGAAGCCUCUGGCCAGGGGGAUCGAGAAGUACUUCAAACAACCGGACCUAGUCACGUAUGAUACGUUCAACACCCAAAAUGCAGGGUCAGAAUCUGUCAGUGAGAAAGUUGCAGAGGCCAUCAGAGAUGCCAAGGAGAAGAAGAUACCUUCUGCUGUCAUCAUCAGCAAGAAGUUCCUCGACACCAUCUUCCUGAAUAAGAACAAGGACCAGUUGAUAGAGCUGAUUGUAGAUGACAACAGCUACAGUGUUUUUGUGCCCAUCUGGCUGGGUGUGGAUGAACAGGAGGUUGACCGUUACAGCAGUCGUCUGGCCGCCAAGCCUCCUGUCAGAGGAGAAAACUACGCCACAGACAGCGAGAACUUCCAGAUCCUCGCUGAGACUUUGGUUAUCAAGGCAUGGCUUGGUGAGUACAUCCCAUCUGAAGGUGAUGACUCCACACCAGAGAAUCAUCCAGAGCACCUGAGAAGUAGGGAGCCAGUGGAGUCUGUGGAUCCCUCUAGUGUUCAGGAGCAGCCAACCACAGAUGUGUCAGACACCCACACUUCUGACCACCCCACCGAAACAGCCACCAGCACGGAGAGCAGACCGGCCAAUCAACAGCAGGAAGAGGACGGGUCAGCGUCCUGUGCUGCGGCCAUGGCGGGGAGCGGGCUUCACAUGGACUACGGGAAAGCACUGGACAAACUGGACAUUUGUGAGCAACAAGAAAACAAAAGCGAAGGGCCAGAAGUGGACCCAACUCAGCCACAUCCAUCAGAUGCACCAAACGAGGCGGUCGCUAGUGGUGAGGCCAGACCUGCAAACCAGCAGCAGGAGGAGGGGGGGUCAGGCUGCUGUGACAAGGCCAUCGGAGCAGGGGGGUGUCACCUGGAUCCAGAGAAGGGGUUGUCAGGCCUUAACCACGAUGCUGAAGAUUCCUGCCAUGGGUGCCAAGGAGUGCCUUCACUGGGCUCGAGGAACACAGCUACAGCCUCAGCACCUGCAGGUGGUCCAGCUGCAGCUACAGGACAACCUGCUGCACCUGCCAUUCCCGCUGGGCCUGCAGCUGCAGGACAACAAGUCCAGCCACCUGGUGCACCUGCAAGACCAACCAAACAAAAGCCAGCAAACAUUCCAAUACCUGGUGCUGGAGGAGCAGCUACCAAUGUUGGAAUUCCAUCCCCGGAUGACUCAACUGACAAAGAGCUCAAAUCGCCUAUUCCUGAGAAUGGCCAUGGUAACAGGAAACACAAAUGUCCUUCAAGUGAAGUAAUCAUUCCUCCAGGAGCCUUUUACAAUGGUACCAAUGACCUGUCGUCAUCAGACCCCAGCCCCCCACAAGACCCUCAGGCUCAGUACAUGGUCGACCUCUGUGAAGAUCUUCAUGAUGACCUGAAAAUGAAGCUGGACCCUCAGAUGCCACUCAUCAAGAACUGGCGCAACUUCGGCAGCAGGAACGGCAUCAAGAACCAGGAACUGAACUACAUCGAGUUCUGCGCCAGACAAGGGCAAAGCCCCACAGUGGCAGUGUUCCACAAGUUGCCACACUUGACCGUGAAAAAGUUUAAGGAGGACUGUAAGUUUUACAAACGGAUGGAUGUCCUAGAGGUCAUGAAGAGGCAUGGCUACUGACUUACAUUUGGGCCGUCACUACACGUUAAUUUAACCCUUGUCCUGCGGAGCACAACAAUUGUUGUUCUCCACAUACAGUACCAGCUAAAUAACACCCUGUAUAGGUACGAUUUGGGGUGUUUCUCAUACAACGCAUCACACCGCAGCAAAACGCAACAAAUGCGGAAGUAACUAUGCCAUUGCAGGGCAAAAAAAAUUGGGGGUCUAUGAUCUAAGCAUGAAAUUAUUGAAAAAUAUUGUGCUAGGAAUGCCAGCUGGACAAGGGUUAAAGUCUGUGAAUAAUUUCUUCAGGUUGGCAAGAAACUGUAUAAGAAGACUCUUUAUUCAACUACCAUUGGUGACCUUCUUCAGGACAACAAUGACUGGUUAAUAUGAUUCGUACUGCAGCUAGGUCACAGAAACUUUGGAUGUGAAAACCCUUGGUUCAUUGAAUAAAGAACCUUCUUACACUUUAAACUGUAAAUUGCCCCCCUGUUAUAUUUCAGAACUAUGGUAUCAGAGAACAACCUAAAAGGAUUUUAGAGAGGAAAGAGGAAGGGAAAAAAUCAGAGAAGAUUGUAAUGCUACUAUUUGCUAGAGAAGAUAAUUGACCAUCUUUAAUUAUAGAUUUUGGGUUUACUAUGAUCAGCCAGGAACAUUCUAAUAUUAAAAAGCAGUAACUGUUAAUUGUCCUGUUUGGAAAUGGGAUGCUGAAUUCGAUUUAUGAGGGCUGCUCAUAAAUGCUGCUUCACAUGAAGGCUGUUAGAGAAAGGUGUGUUUUUAUUAUCAUGUUCAAGGACCUGGUAUUCUGUUUUAUGUUUGUUCAAAUCGUUGUAUCACAUUUAUCCUCACAUCAUACAUUGUAUCUGUGUUAUUUAGAGUUAAAACUUUAGAUCCAACACAAAUCAUAUCAUUCUGUGUUGUCAUGAUUGUAAAUUUCAUGGUAAAGUGGUACAGAGAGAAAAAUAUGAGAGAAAUAAUGAUGAUACAUCAUACAUUGCCUUUGCCUUUGCCUGUAUGCCUACUCAUCUGUCGCAUCUAC